AUGAGCAGUACAGAAAAAUCAGAUACAAAUAUUGAACCACAAGAGAGCCCAAGCUCAACGACUCCUGGCUCUAUUGAUGAAAAGAAGCUUUCUAACAAGGAAUUAAAAGAGCUAAAGAAACAACAGAAGGCAGCAAAAAGAGCUGCUCAAAAACAAGCCAGUGGUAUAUCUAUUGAGCAGCAACAGGCUCAAGCGCAAGCUAAGAGGGAAAAAAAACAGCAACAGCGUGAACAACAGCAACGUGAACAGCAGAAGAAAGAGGCAAAGAAAAAUAAAUUAAAUGUAAAGCAAAAUACCAAGAAAUCUUCACUCUUUAGUCAUCUAGAAACUACUGAUGAAAGAAGGGCGUCAAUCUUAGCUCUUUCUAGUGCGGUCAAUUCUCCAAAGACUUCAAGAACAACUGCAGCUGGUUUAAUGGUACCAAUGAUCGCAAGUGCACUCUCUGGUUCGCAGGUUUAUACGACAUCUUCUUUUGCCAGUGCAUUAUCCAAGCAUCCAAGCACCACUGCCGCAGCAACAGCUAGUCAUCCAGGCUCUAUUUCUAGUACCAGUGAUAUUGCUAAGUCCUUAGCACAAGUAUCCUUGGAAUCCGACGACUUCUCAGUAUUACCUGGUGUAUCGUCAAUUAUUCCACAUGCUUUGCAGACCAGUUUUGAUACACCACAAUUGCUAUCUUCUGUAAAAGAAUUACUGAGUAAUAAAGACUCCAUUCAUCCAGCUAUUGCGCUUUUGACCUCAAAUAUUGCUAAUUACAAAAUUGUAGGUUCCAUUCCACGUUGUAUAGCAAUGUUGGAAGCUUUCCAAAUUGUCAUCAGAGAUUAUGAGACCCCAAAGGGAACUACACUAUCUCGUAACUUGACAAACUACUUAUCACAUCAAAUUGAUAUUUUAAAGAAGGCAAGACCCUUGAGUGUUACAAUGGGUAAUGCUAUUAGAUGGUUAAAACAGGAAAUUUCUCACAUUGAUCCAUCAACAUCAGAUGCUGUUGCCAAGGAAGAUUUAUGUGAACAAAUCGCACAAUUUGCCAGGGAAAAAAUUGAAUUGGCCGAUAAGUUAAUUAUAGAUAAUGCUUCCAUUCACAUCGAAGAUUCAACCACUAUUGUUACGUAUGGUUCAUCAAAGGUUUUAACUGAUUUGAUACUAUACAAUGCCAUUACAUGUAAGAAAAACAUCAAGGUUAUUGUUGUAGACUCAAGGCCACUAUUUGAAGGUAGAAAGACAGCAGAUUUCCUAAGAAAGAAAGGUGUCAAUGUUGUGUAUGCAUUAAUCACUAGUUUAGAUGCAAUAUUUAACAUGGAUGUCGACUAUCUAUUUUUAGGUGCUCAUUCCAUUUUAUCCAACGGAUUUUUAUAUUCUAGAGCGGGUACUGCUAUGUUAGCAAUGUCAGCGAAUAGAAGAAAUAUUCCUGUUUUGGUUUGUUGUGAAAGUUUGAAAUUCUCACAGAGAGUUCAAUUGGAUAGUGUUACAUUCAACGAAUUAGCUGAUCCAAAUGAUUUAGUUUCUAUUGAUCACAAAGACCCAAUGGAAAAACGUGGUAAUACUGGUGGUUUGUUGUUGCAACAAUUUGUCAAAGAACGUGAAGAUACUAGGAAGAAGCAGGAAAGCGAAAAUGCACUUAAAGGUAAGUCUGGUUCCAAUAAUAAAAAAGCUAUUUCAAAUGAUAGCAAACCAAAUAAUGAAGACAAAGACAAGGAAGAUACCAAUAUAUUAGAUAAAUGGCAAGACUGGCCAUCACUAAACAUUGUUAAUAUCCUCUACGAUUUAACACCGCCUGAAUAUAUUAAGAAAGUUAUUACAGAAUUCGGUGCAUUACCGCCAUCCUCUGUUCCAGUUAUCUUAAGAGAGUAUAAAGGUUCCGCAUAG